AUGUUUAUUAACGAAGUUUUGUUCUCCGGCAGGACAAUGACCGCAAUAUGUUUCGUUUGCAACCUGCCGAUCUUGUCGCAUCAAGUGGGGCUGGUGUGGGCGGGGGGCAACGGCUGGGACGAGCUGACCCGCUCCACCCUCGAGGAGUCCACGCUGAGACAGAGACUCGGCAGCCGCAGGGACUCCGCCGCGCAGGUCUCGUGUCUAUCGCCGCCGGAGCCCGACGUCUCGGACCAACCCCGAGGUGGCCCCCGCCGGCGCCGCUCGUCGCUCGCCCAGCUUACGGACAUACUGCGCGAGUGGGGCGGCGGCGGCGCGCCCCGGCGCCAGCGAGCCCCGCUGUCCCGCCGCGAGACGCUAGCCGAUCUCGCCCGCUCCCUGCCCUGGGCCCGGCACGAACCGCCGCCGAGACGCAGGCGGGACUCCUCAGCCGACUCUGGCAUCAAGUCCAUGGCUUCCAAGCGUCGCGAUUCAAAAGCCGCCCCGCAGGACUUUCGCGCCGAUUUCCCAAAUUACUGGGAGAGGAAAGAUUCUACAACAAUAGUGCCGUCGAGAGAGCGCCGCAUUAAGCGUCGCAGCUCCGGUGACGAGAGCAAGGAACGAAGGGACUCUGUAGAUGGCCACCGACAUAGACGAGACUCCGUAGUAGCGCAACCACCACGGAUAGUAGCAACACAUAGGAAGCGACGUGCAUCACCACCAACGCCUGCGCCACCAUCAUUCGUUGAAGUGUCUUCUGACCCCGGACCUUCCACUCACCCACCAGCAGUAACUGUGGUCGCGAUACAUGAACCCAGCCGAUCAGAUGGUGAAUGUCAACCAAUGACGAUGCCAACUAUUAUAACCUCCGCCGUGACCCCGUCUCCAACCUCACCGACCGUGCCGACUACGAACUCAACCCAAACCGUACAAACAAGUACAGCUACUCAGUCAGCACAGGCAACACAAGCGACAACGCCGAGUGGUCGAACACCUCCCAGUCUCGGUGGUAGGCGAGAUUCGACAACGCAAUGCGGACGAGCAAGACGGGAUUCUCGCGCAGCAGCGAGCCCAGAACGUAGGUUAGGCCGACUGCAAAGACAGGCAACGGCAUUUGAUGAUCCCAUUGGACCGCCUGGAGCGAGACGUAGGGAUUCCGGUCCUUCACUGGGACCUGAUGACGAAGGCAGAGUUCGGAGAGAUUCUCUAAGCCCUGACUCAGCUGCACGACCAAGACGUGAUCGUUCUCAGUUAAGCCCCGAUCGAGCUGGAGGUGGUGAAUUAAGUCCGUCAGCCGCGAGACGUCGCAGUCGGUUACGGAGGCAGGCUUCAUGCGCUCGGAUGGGCCGAGCGAGAAGUCCAGAGUCAAGUUCCUGCUCCAGUCGAGAUCCGAGUCCUUGUGCUCGGCCUCCGGAGAGGACGAUGAUACGAAGGCAGUCUACAACCGAAGAGAUAUUAAUAGCGCGUGGAUUCCGACGGCAAUCGACCACGGAGGAGAUGAUCCGGUGUCGGAACUUCAGGCGGCAGAGCUCGCAGAGUGACGACGCGUGCAUGCGGGCGCGCGGCCGACGGGACUCCUCCACACAGAUACUGGACGGGACUAUCGGCACCAUGACUGUGGAAACAACUAGCACGUUCUUCGACUCCAGCACGCAAACUGAACCAUCCCCGCUGUACGACAACAACCACUACCACGAGGAAUGUCUGCGCUGCAACUCCUGUGGGCUGAACCUCACCGGGCCGAACCAGAAACGCGCGCGCCGCUUCAAAAACCAGAUCCUGUGCGACCUGCACUUCGCGGACGUCGCGCUGAUGGAGUGCAGCGACUUUAUGCAGCAACUACGCAGUUUCAAACCGCAGUCGCUGGGCUGCGCCGUCGCCAGGCGCAAGUCGUCCACCACGCUCAUAUUCCCUCUGCCGCCACAAGCUUGUUCAGAUGAAUUCUGCGAAGAGUACCCUCACAGUUUGAUCCCGACGCCUGGCUACUGGAUAGAAUGCUCACGACAGAAGAUCGCCACGGACACCAUUUGGGACGAAUCGGAGUCGGAACACGACAGCGGUCCUGACCGAGACAACGCCGACGAUCGGCACAGAAGAUCCGGCUCGUUAGACGAAGCGGCAGAAGAUAGCAGUGACAAUGGCGGCAGCACUCCCAAGAAGAAAACUGCCAUUGAGGAACAAUGGGAGAGGUCGGGAGGUUUCGAGCUCACCUCUGUGGAGCAAGAGACUUACGAAAAGUACUUCUAUGGCACAGAGCAUUGGAACUACUUCACGAAUGAUGAGGACCUUGGGCCUGUCAUACUGUCCAUCAAGCAAGAGACUCUUAAUGCCCGUGAUCAGUUCAGGAUCCUAGUGCGCGCUAUAAGCUACACGGUUCACGGACUGAUCCCGGCAUCAUGUGUGUUCGCGGACCGGUACAACCGGGAGGAGGUGGUGCGCUCCCUCGGGAAGGAGGUCAACAUCAACCCACCACUCAUGCUCGGCCAGCUGCCUGACACUCCUGAGGAGCUGCUCAAACUUGAUCAGGUGUUCAUAAAGUCUGAAUUGAAAGUGGGCGUCAUAUAUGUGAAGGAGAACCAAUACACAGAAGAGGAAAUUCUCGACAAUAACGAGAAUUCGCCGAUGUUUGAAGAGUUCUUGCAAGUUCUUGGCGAGAAAGUGCGGCUUAAAGGAUUCGAUAAGUACAAAGGAGGGUUGGAUACAGUACACGAUCUGACGGGAUUAUAUUCGGUUUACACCAACUGGCGUGGCAUCGAGAUAAUGUUCCACGUGUCCACUCUGCUGCCGUACGAACGACACGACCCGCAGAAACUGCAGAGGAAACGACAUAUCGGAAACGAUAUCGUAUGCGUCGUAUUCUUAGAAGCUGACAACACUGCCUUCUCGCCGGCCUGUAUCAAAAGUCAUUUCUUGCAUACUUUUAUUUUAGUUCGAGUAUCAGCCAAAAUAAAACGCCGUCCGACGAGGUAUGAAGUGUCCGUGGUGACUCGUGAUGAGGUCGGUGCCUACAAACCGUAUUUGUGGGAGCAAAGUGUCUUUGAUAAGGGACCUAUGUUCAGGGAAUGGCUACUAACAAAAAUUGUAAACGGAGAGCGAGCGUCAUAUUCCGCGCCGAAGUUCGCACGAAUGCAGGAACGCACACGCAGCCAAAUGCUGGAGGACAUCGUGGCCAACUUACAGAACCAUGCAGAGACUGGACAAAUACCGAAACCAUAUAGGAGAGGAUCUUGGCGUCCAAUAGGCCACAUGCGCCCAUCGUCUCCUCUCUUGGAUUCAGUUAGAGAUCAGUUCGAAGACUACGAUCAACUAGCCAAGGAUUUCACCAGAGUAUUCCUCAAUAAUGAGCUAAAUGCAGCACAAAACGCACAGCUUUUUGAUGUCGUCUUCUUGGUUGGGCAAUCUAAACAGAAAACCAAGUUCAUUGGUGUUAGAGCUAUACUCGGCGUGAGAAGCAGAGUGUUUCAAGAGAUGUUGUAUGGGAUACAAACAGGAUUCGGAUCUCCGCAAGUGCCUGUAGCAGAGCUGUUAGCUAGGCCUGCACCCACGCUGCUCUCUCCCACGCCUGCCAGGCAGAAGAGCAGCAAUUUCUUACAAGUGCCUGACAUAGAAUCACCUAGGCCAAAAAGCGUUCCUAGUUCGCCAAUGGUUAAACGCGCAUUCUCACGCCUCGGGACCAUCACAGCUGGGUGGGGUAGGUCCAUCAGAAAACAACAUUCCCAACUGAAUGCUGAUGAUAAAAAGAAGUGGGCUAGCUCGCAAGACUGCUCUAAUAAAGAAGGCAAAGAUAAAGAGAAAGAUAAGAACGCCGCAUUAGCAGUGCCAAGACUAUCGGUAUGCGCGGACGCACAAAAAGUAGACCGUGCUAAACUAGCACAGACUGAGUUCUCGAUAAUAGAAUUCGAUCCGGAGACAUUCCGCAUACUUUUGGACUAUUUGCACACGGGUAGCUGCCCGCUGACUUGUGCCUCCAUACCCGGGCUCAUCUGCGCCGCGGAACACUAUGACUUGCCUGAACUGCUGCAGGCCUGCUUCCACCACGCCAAACAAUUCCUCAGGAUAGAAGUGGUUUGUACGAUGCUCAUAUCAUUAGAGAACUAUUACUGGCGCUACACGUCAGCUUCGGAAUUGGUAAACAUGAUCUUGGCUUUCAUCGAACAGCGAGCGUACGCCCUCUUCCAAACGCCCGAGUUUCUUAACCUCUCUGAAUCUAUGGUCCAAAUGAUUAUGUGCAGGAACUUAGAGGUUCCCGAAGUGAGAAAAUUCGAAGCAAUGCUCAGCUGGGCCAGAAAUAAAAUAAAAUCAAAGUCCGCCAAUAAGACUGAUGCCAAAAAUGAAUUUAAAUGUAUUAUGGAGAGACUAGCCAGGGAUCUGAAACUGUACCGGAUCUCACCGCAGGAGUUGAUCAAGGUGGUACUCCCGUCAAAAGCGAUCAAGAACGAGCGUAUCCUCGAGACGCUCAUGUAUCAGGCCAACUCGGGAAUGUAUAGGAUUCAGGACAGUUAUAUCGAAGCCUGCCAGCAGCGGCUUCAGAAACAAGACUCAAGAUUCUCCGAAUUCGAGAGUUUUGACUACGGAAUAUAAACGGGAGCUGUGAGGUAUAUCAGUGUAUUAGGUAAAUUAUGAAGAGUAAUCAGGCUGGGUCCUUCUCAUUGUGGUAUGUUGACGCCUUCUAAAGUAUUAUUGUUAUAGAUGUACUCGAGUACUAGUAGAGAUGCGAGAAAUAUUUGUACACUUCUCGUAUACCUAUUUCUUGUUGUUGUUCAUUGAUACCUAUAUUUUUUACAUCUAGCUAGACGUGUUCAGUAUAAUCAUCUCUAUUUUUGGUACCAAAGUUUGCGAUGAAACUUUCAGUCUAGCAAGAAUUAGCGUAUCGUGUGUUUGUACUGAUACGUGUAUACCCUUCUCUGUGAUCCGCGAACGAGAACAAUGACCCGUGAAAACACUUUUAACAAUCUUACUAUACGUCUAAUGUAAGUUUAAAAUAGAAUUUUAUGGAAACACUCAAUUUAUGUGUAUGUUGUACUAAGAAUCAGCCCCUAACAAAAUAUAUUUAAUUUAAAGUGUUGACGUGACAUUGAAAUUAAUAUUUACGAAUAUGGAACUACUUUAAACUGUAUAAAUGUUGCAAUUAAAUGAAUUUUAUAAUUUAGAGAUGUUAUGUGUAGAAUACAAUAUUAAUUGGAAUUGUAUGAUGUGUAGCAUAUCUCGAACGUGAGAGCUCUUCACAAUGUUCAUACUUUAUUGCUAUUGCCUUCAAAUAUUACAUAAUUAAACACGCUAAUGUUGUCGUUUUAAUAUUAAGUAACAAGAAUUUCUUUGAAGUCGAUAGACAUAUUAUAUUAACAAUAAUAAUCACUCAAGUUACUACAAAGCCACUUCGUUCAUAUCCAAUAGAUGUCGAUAAAACUAUUUUUACUAAAGAUACCUUCCUUUCUAAAAUUAACUUAUAAGUACACAAAAACGAAACCUUUAAUUCUUCUAACUAUUCUAAAAUAUUGAUUAAUUUUACAUUUAGACUAUUAACCAGCUAUCGACUUCAGCUAAAACUAUCACCUAUUCCUAAUUUAUGUAUUUUAAAUAUUUUCGCACAAAUGAAUCGUAUCUCGAAAGGAGUUUUGUUUAUUCCUAUGUAUAAAUCGGUUCUAUAUUAGUUAGACAUAUAUGAGUAUGUAUGUGUUACCUAUGAUCUUUACUGCACAAUAUAUUGAUGUACUAUUGAUGUAAUAUGCUAUAUGUAAUUUGUUAUAUUAACUUUUAAGUAUAUAAACUGAACGCUUUAUGUGGUGGCGUAAUACAUAUUUUGAGGCUUUUUAUGCGGCAAAGAUGUAUUAAGUAGGUAUACAAAAAGAUGCUGCAUAGUAAUAUAUCCGACGUCAGUAUGUCUUUUCUUCAUUAAAAUUAUUUAAUUUGAAUUAUAAAUGAGUUUUGAAGCCUCAAAAUAUGAGUACUCAAUCCAAAUUGUAUUGUGCAGUCUGUUUAGUGUAAGUUUUAACCUAACUUAUGAUAAAGUACAUACAGACUGCAUAGCUAUAGUUUAUUACUAGAACCUAUAUCUUCGACUCGAACUCCCAUAAGUUAAGCAAGCAUGUGUUUGUAUUAAUGUGUAAUGAUGGAGUCUUCUGAACCAAAUGUUAUUUAUAAAUCUAUGAAUAUCUUAUAAUCAAAUUAGGACCCAUUUCGUUAGGAAAAUUAAUAUCAAAUUAUCUUAUGAAUCUCUUCAAGGUAUGUAUGGAUUAUGAGUAAAGUUUAAUAAAAAAUGUGGCCAUUGUUACGACAGAAGCGGAUUCCGAUCUGCUGAGUACAUCGCGACCUAUUUCGGGAGAAUUUAGUAAUCAUUAUUCAUCAGUCGGACCUAAGUAUGUUUGGCUGGAGACAUCUGACAUCACGAAGCCGACUACGAAUAGUUUACUAUAAUGUAUUUAAAAAAAAUAUGAUAAAAAAGUCAGUAGUUAAUGGUAAAGAGUACUGAAUUUAUUCUGGGUCAUCGACUAUCAACAUCUGUUUUAGACGUGCGAAAAGACUGUUUUAUUUUUAUUACAUUAUUAUAAAACAAUCGGCGCACAAUAUGAAAUGGGUCUCGUAAAUCUUAAUGAAUCGUUUAUAAAUACACGUUAUUGUAUAAAUAAAUAUGUAGCCUAAAAUUCUAAAGUUUCUAACGUUCUGGCAAAUGUAAUGAAAACAAGUUGAAUCGUCAGUAAAUUUUUUAUACUUAUGAUGAAUAUACAAAUAACUUCUAUUGUGAACGGUUUGUGUUUAGUUGGUGAUUUUGCUCAAAGCUUUGAUGAAUUAUAUGCCGUUAAAAUAUAGUUUUUCAUUAAUAUUCAGUGUUCGUGAAGCGAUUAAGUCGCACAUUACCUUGUCUCUUAUGAGUUUACACUUAAUAUAAUACUCAUAUAUAUCUAUAGAUUUAAUUUGUAGAAACACCAAUCAACGUGUCAAGCUCUUUGAUGGAUAAAUAAAUUUUCUAUUCCAAAAUUUUAACCUUCCUGUGAUCGUGAAUGUUGCUAUAAGUAUAUUAAUAUAUGGGAUCUUCAAAGAAUAUAAAAUUAUAAUUAUAACUGUUAUUUUGCAUGAGCAAGAUUAUUAUCCAAAGAAAUUUUAUGUGGUGAAUAAAUUUUUUUGUGUAUUUUAACGGAUGUGUCAUUUUA